UAUUUUCUUUUAUCUUCCAGAACGUGAGGAGAAGCAGGAGUGGUGGGAAUCCGUCAGUGACUUCUCUCUAGCGAAAGAUGUUGAGAAGAAGCUUCAGGAUCCCGAAUAUCUUGCCCACUACCGGAGGAAACGGGUGAGCAGUCUGAGCACCGAAAGAAACGUAGAAACCCUGGUGGUCGCCGACAAGAUGAUGAUGGGUUACCAUGGGGAGACCAGCAUCGAAUCCUACCUCCUCACUCUCAUGAACAUUGUGGCGAAUCUUUACCAUGAUGGGAGUAUAGAGAAUGCUAUCAAUGUUGUGGUCACCAGGAUGCUACUCCUUACACAAGAUCAGAGAAACCUCAGCUUGAGUCAUCUUGCUGGUAAAUCGUUACAAAGCUUCUGCGAGUGGCAGCAUGCCAUGAAUCCAACACCUAAUCACAACAUGAACAUCUCCAACGACAUGCUGGUGUUUCCUAACCAUGAUAAUGCUGUGCUGAUAACAAGAUACGAUCUUUGCAUGAGAUACAACCAACCUUGCGGCACAAUCGGUCUUGCUCCUGUUGGCGUCAUGUGUAGACCAGAUCAGAGCUGUAAUAUAAAUGAAGAUACAGGAUUAGCAACAGCAUUUACUAUAGCACACGAGAUAGGUCACAAUUUUGGUAUGAAGCAUGAUGGCGAUGGUAACGCCUGUGGAUCAAGAGGGGGUAUCAUGGCGGAUCAGAUUACUGAAAACAGUGACCCAUACUCAUGGUCUGAAUGCAGUGCUCACUACAUCACAUCAUACAUAGAGUCAGGUAAAGCGAUAUGCCUUGACGAUGUUCCGCAGCUAGCAGACUAUUGGUUACCUACUGCCAUGCCAGGUGAACUAGUAGAUGGGAACCAACAGUGUCAGCUACAGUACGGCCAGGGUGCCAAGGCUUGUAAUACCAAUAAUAUAUGUCGGGAGCUAGCUUGUCAGAAGCCAAACACAAGAGCAUGUUGGAGAACAGGAACACCGGCUGCGGAAGGAACGCGAUGCCAAACAUCUCUUAUAUCAGAAGGAUGGUGCUAUCUAGGCGACUGUGUAGAGUAUGGGACCAGACCUCAAGCUGUGGAUGGUUCCUGGGGGACCUGGUCCUCGUGGUCAGACUGUUCCAGGACCUGUGGUGGGGGUGUCUCAAACUCAGAGAGACAGUGCAAUAAUCCCGAGCCAAGAAAUCGAGGCCAGUACUGCACAGGAGAGAGAAGUAGAUAUAGAUCAUGUAAUACCAAUGAUUGUCCCGAAAACUCGCGAGACUUUCUCUCCGUCCAAUGUUCAGCCUUGAACAACGAGGUCUACCAUGGUCAGUUCUAUACGUGGGAGCCGUACGUGAGUCCGAACCCCGAACCUUGCCAGCUUUCGUGUGUUUCCUCCGGGGGAAAUCAUCUUCAGAGGAUACCGAAGGUGGUCGAUGGUACGAGAUGCUACUCCAAGAGACACAAACCGGAUUCUCUAGAUAUAUGCAUCAACGGGAAGUGCCAUGCUGUAGGAUGUGAUAAGAUAUUAGGCUCGGAAGCCAGGGAAGACAAGUGUCGUGUGUGCGGAGGAGAUGGUAGUUCAUGUGAGACUGUUGUAGGUACAUACAACGGGGAGCUGGUUGCAGGAGACUACCAAGAAAUCCUUACCAUUCCUAGAGGUUCUGUCCACAUCAGUCUGCAAGAGAUGGCCAUUUCUAGAAACUAUUUAGCGCUGAAGUCGGUGAAUAAUGAUUACUACAUUAAUGCUGAGUGGAUGAUAGAUUGGCCAAAAUCUUAUGAUGUGGCAGGGUCCACUUUCAUCUAUGAGAGACCUGAUGAUGCACCAGAGAUGCUCAGGGCACUAGGACCAACCAAUCAAGAACUUGUUGUCAUGUUACUGGUUCAGGAAGAAAAUCAGGGGAUCAGAUAUUCUUUCAAUCGUCCGGUAACGAGAACAAACCAAGGCGAUAGACAGAUGGCGUUUACAUGGGAGAGACGGGAAUGGUCACAGUGCUCUGUUACAUGUGCAGGAGGUGUAUCAGUAUCUGAGAUGCAGUGUGUAAGAGUAGAUGAUGAGACCGUUGUUAGCGAUACAUUCUGUGAUCAUCCUAAACCUGAGAGAAGGACCGUAUCAUGCAAUACACAGGCUUGCCCACCUGAAUGGCAGAUAUCUGCAUGGUCUGAGUGUACGAGGACGUGUGGUAACGGAGAGAAGACCAGGACAGUUCUAUGUACCACCAAGGUGACCCAACACGAGGAUGAGGUGGUGGACGAGGCGUUAUGUGAGGAACAUAAACCAGCGGAGAUCAUGACGUGCGGUCACAGGGAAUGUCCACCUGUAUGGAUCACUGGACCUUGGGCACAGUGUUAUCCAUCGUGUGGACCCGGUCACAAACAGCGUCACGUCCAGUGCAUGAGCAGUGACCGGAGGCAGACCUAUUCACAUAUCAUGUGUAACAAAGCAGACAUGCCGGUCUACAGAAUGCCGUGCAACCUAGGGGAUUGCCCACCACCUAGGUGGAUUGCUGGUGAUUGGAGUGAGUGCAAUACUCGGUGUGGUAUGGGUCAGCAGAACCGGCCAGUCAGCUGUAUGGCUCAGAACGGUCUCAUACUCCGAGAUCAGAACUGCCAUGCUUCAGAGAGACCAAGCAGACAAAGACAGUGUGAGAGUCCAUGUGGUACAAUACCUGCACCACCAGAGAGUUGUCAAGAUGCCAGCUCUGUCACAUACUGCCCUCUUGUCAAGAAAUUCAGAUUUUGCAACAACGAAUACUUCCGCAAAAUGUGCUGCAGAACCUGCUCCAGCUGAUAGGGUGUCCUGUCAGGUGGUUAGGUCAUGUGACUGAUCAUGUGAUAGGAUGCAGCAAGAACUGCCAUGAAUUAUAUGCAACUGUCUUCCAUCCAGCACUAUGCAGCAUUCUUGUUUUUUUUUAAUUGUCAAAUGUGUUUUGUAUGAGGGGAGGUAUGUAACCAACUAGGCUUUCAUUUUGUUUUAUAUAUGUAAUAAUAUAUCAUGGUCACCUGAUUCUUUAUUUGUCAUGUGAUCAAGUGUCACAUGAUUAGUGUGCCACAGAUUGUUUCAAUGUGAUUUUAACUAUACAGUGUAAUAUGCUACCUGUUUCUUUGCAUUGAGAAAAGACAAACUUGUCUUACAGAUACCAACCUCACAACUGUUAUAUAUGUAUUUUUUUUAUAUUUUGUCAUUUUGUAAACAAUGCAAAUAAAGGGAAUUAUCCUCAAUACAAUACUUCAAUAAUAUUAACUUGUUUAUGAUUUAAUUGAGGUUUAAUUUAUUUAUGGGCAAUUACCAGCUAUAUGGAUUGAUGGUGCCUUUAAGAAUUACCCCACCUUUGCCAAAAGAGAGUCAGCCUUAAAAAAAAUAUUCUUGAUAUUGAUAUUAAUCAGUGCAUUUCGAUUUCUCCUUCAACAUGGUGCUUAUUUUUACCAAUUGUUUGCUGCGCACUAGAGAUGAUGUUAAGAAUAUUUUACAUAUAUAUUUUUUUGAAAAUAUUUCUCUUACUGUGCAGAUAGCAUCAAAAUGAAUUUCAUGUGUACAGCAUCUAAUUUUUUUAAAUGUUAUUUUAAUUGUAACAAAGAUAAUUUUCGUUUGUAAAAUGGAUUAUUUUUACUUCUUUGUUUGUAUAUUGAAUUUAAGAAGAUUAAACUAUUUAAAAGUACUUAAUGUGAAAGUUUGUGCUGUGUGUGAUCUAGAUUAGAGAAACAGUUUUGUUAGAAAUUUAAGUCACUCAUAUCAACUCUACUAGAGCAGAAUGGAUUUGGUUUGCAGAAGAAUAAGCAUUUGUGUAUUAUUUCAAUUUACGAUGUAAUAGUUAUAACUCCUGUGUAAAUUUAUUAUUCGUUGAAUCUGUUACGAGUAAUGAAAACCCUUUCAAAUUAAGAUUAAAAUGUUUUAUAGCAGGUAUAUUGCUUGGAUUUGAGAUCAUCACAUCUUCAGUAAUGGAGAUUAUGAUAUGGGAGUACCACAGUGCACUGCUUUAGGUCCAUUAAUGUUUAUGUUAACUUACAUGUCAGGGGAGUGUUUCAUGACACAUUUUGUCAGUGAUUUUCACUGAAGAAUGUGCUUUUAUUUUAGCCAAUGAAAUGCAAGAAUUUGGGGAGCUUAUCAUAGAUGUACCCCCUCUGGCCCCGAGAGGACAUAAGUGAUUACUAUAGGGAUAGUGAUUGCAUUUUAUAUUUACUUGUUCAAAUACCGAAAGGUGUGUGUGAGGGCUUGAGGAAAUUCUUUAUUCAGUAUUGUAUUAAAUUUGGUGCUCAAAAAUCAUUCUUUUAGAGCACUGCAUUAUAAUGUUUUAGGAAUGGUAUACAGAUUAAUGUUAUAGUUAUGUUCAGCAGUGAAUUGAAGAGGAUACUUGAAAAUAAUGCUUUCUAGUUUUAAAUUUAAGUAAGAAAAGGACAUCUCGCCAAAAUCUUUGCUACCAGCAUCUUAAGAACUAGAUAUUGCUUCGAAUUUUAGUGACAAUGUCACACAAUAUUGAAUGUAUAACUUACAUGAAAUCAUACAUAUAUGUUGAAUUUGAGUACUACUUGGUAUUUUUAAUUGUAUUCUACUACCACUAAUAUACUUUAUUUCAAGAUUUCAUUUAUGUCUUUGAAUUGUUUUUCUUGUUUUACAGUAAGGGAGUACAAUCCCGGAGAAUCACUUGUUCAAAUGUUGUCUGAAAUUAUCAUUCUUCAGUAUUCUUAAGCUAUCAUAAAACUAAGGAAGCAACCAGCCGAAAUUGUGAUAGGAUACUUGCUGAAAAAUAAACAUUUUAUAUUUUGCUUCGAUGAUUUAUUUCAUAAAAGUUACAUUUUAAGAUCAAUUUAUUAGCCAUUUAUUGGAAGUGAGAGUAUGUGGUGAGCAGACAACUAUCAACCUAAGCUGUACAUAUAAUUUGUAUAUAAUAUUUGUAUAAAACAGCAUAUUUCAUCAAUCUGUACACACAUCCAAAUAAACAAAAAAAUAUAUGAAUAUAUAAAUAUAUAACAAAAAAUUAUCUAUAUAUAAUAUGUGAUAUAGCUAUUGGUAAUGUGGAUGGAGGCGGCCUCCAUUCAACGCAGAUUAAUGCUGGGGGAAAAAGAAGUAACUGUUUUUAUAUGUUAUUUAUUGAUAAUAUGCAAAACAUGAGAAAGAAUUUGCUUUUCAUGAUGAUGAUAAUAUUUUGUGCUAUAAUGGCUGCUGAGUGGUAAAGCUAAAAUGUUUUCAACUGUUGUAUAUCUUGUUUAAUUUCUACCAGGUAUGUCAUUUGUUUUCAUGUUUAUAAGUUUUUAUCCCUUGUUCAGCGAAAUAGAGAAGUUUUAUUUGUAUCACUUUCAACACCUCAUCUUGUACCUUUAUUUUUUCUUUGCAACUUAAUCUCAACUCAUUGAUCAAAAUCUUGAUGCCAAACCAUUAUCUAAAAAAAAAAGAAUUUUGUAGUUACCUAUUCAGUAGUUAUACUAACUUUUGGCUUUGAUUUUAUGGUUUAUUUUCUCCCCACCUUUUUUUUCUUUCCUUUUUUUUUUCUCAUGGUCUCUUUUUGGAAAAUUUAAACCUGAUUCUAAACAAGAAUGAAAACAAAUAGUCCUUUUAUCCAAAUACUCUCUCAUUACAAUACUUGUUGUGGAAAAUAUAAUUUCAGCAUUUUAUUAAGAAACUGUAUCGAGACCCAGCUCGGGCAUUAGGAGCCAAUUCAUUCACUGUGUCAGUAGUAAAAGAAUUUUUAAAUGAUACAAUGUCUAAGCCUGUCAUGUAUUUUGCACUGAAUCUUCAAUCUGAGGUAUUAUAUCUCGUACUGCUUAAAUGCCAAGCAUAUUUUUGUUCUUUGGUCUUUUUUUUGCAUUGUACAGUUUUUGUGGAAUAUCACAAAUAAGUUGGCUGUACUCUGAACUCAGGUUUGAUUCAUAUUAUGGUCUGAAAGCUGUGGUGUAACUAUGGAUAGCCAAUUGGGACGCAAAUAUCAAACAGUAGAAAUUCAAAUCAUCAGCUCACUUGGCACUCAAGCUAUUAAUGACUGCCUGGGAAUGAAAUGGUUUUCUUUAUCAAUGUAGUACAAGGAAUCAACUCGACAGACAUAAGAUAUGAACAAUGUAAACACAGUGUUAACAUUUUUUGGCUUCCCAUAAUUUUAGCGCAGACGUUAUAGACCAUGGCAAAGCAGACUUCAGAAUAUGGGCCAGUGUGUUUCUCCAUGUUUAAGAUAUCAUUGCAUAAUAUGAAGGGAGUUUGGGGAAUUUGAAGAUUCUGAAGUACUUAUACACACACACACACCCUCACACAGGGCCAUAAUUUGUGUAACCUUCUUAAAAUGGUUUGUUUAUGUUUUCUAUUUCAUAUGAGAAGUUGUAAUGCCAACAAAUUAUCAUGGCUACAGCAGUUUAUGAAAUGAAGUAAAAUAGAGAAAAUGGGGGGGGGGGCGGCAUAGGAAAGUGUUGAUUAUUUUAUGGAAUUUCCCAUAGAAAAAAUAGGUAGAAAUGAUUAAAAAAAAUUGUAUGUCUUAUUAUUUGACAAAUUAGGAAAAUCAGUGCCCAGGCCCCGCCGCAGACAGAGACUGUUCAAUGAAACUUGAAAAGUAAAGGGCAAGUCUCAGAAUUGCACGUGUGGUUGGUUUAAAAUCAAGUUGCAAUUGGUUUUUCAGGUUGCAUCUGAUUGCAACUAUUUUUUUUUGGUGCCUAUGUUGCGCACGUCCACAACAUCAUUUCAAAAAUAUUGGUAUUGAAAUACCCAUGGAAUGUAUUCACUGCUGUAGGGCUAUUUCAAAAUUAAAUAGUUUCUCUUAGAGUUGAGAAUGUUAUAUUAAUUUUUGUAGUAUCUUUUUUUAUUCAUCAAAACAGCCUUCUUUUUAAAAAUGCUGCAGAGAAUUUCAUAUUCUAUUUGUUUUCUGUUACAAUUCUGAACAGUAUUCUUGUCAUGUCUCAACAUGAUGAUUUUUUUUUUAAAUCUGGCCUUGUAUUCUUCAAUCUUACUAUAUAUUCAUGUUUAGGGUCUUCAUUGUAUUGUUUCAUCAGCAGUGUAGUCAAUCGGUUUCAUUACUGGCGUAUCUGUUAAAUUCUCAUCAGUUUUCCGGCUGAAUGAUCUUACUUGUAUUCUAAAAAAAAAGUUUCACUUCGCUUUAUGUGGUGAAGUAAGUUUUUCAAUAUGCUGUAGGUGAAGUAACCUGCAUUUUGUAGAUGCUAUAUAUUAUGGAAGGUAUGUAGGUUCACUAAGUUCAAUGAUGAUAAUGUUUUGUAUACAUCGUCUUUUCAUUUUGUACGUCUCGUGCUGCGUUAUGUUCCUCCUAUUGUGGCCUUAUUGGGGUGAGAGGAUCUACUAAUGAUGUGUUCUAUCGCAUUAUGUAUUUUCUAUGCAAACUUUUCACCCUGCAAUGUUUUGUGAAAUUUCUCUUUUUUGUUUGUUCUCUUCAUGUCAAUUUUUUUCUACUAUUUUUGUUUUGCAUCAAAAUUAAAUGUCACUCACAUAGUAUGUACAACCAUCAA